AUGGACUUGCUCCCACCUAUUCCGCCGAAGAGCGAUGAUCUCAGAUUCAGAGACUUGCCACACAGAUCAUCCUUCGAAGGCAACGGUUUCGGUGUUGUCACUAGAAAGGGUAAGAAGAUGUUUAUGGAUGAUAGUUACGUAACUGAUCCUUGUUUCGACGGCAGCUCAAAGAAGAGUUUUUUCGGAGUUUAUGAUGGCCAUGGAGAUGGGAAAGCUGUGAAAUAUGUGGCUGAUAAUCUGCACAAGAAUGUUCUUGAGAUGAUGAAGAAUUGCAAGGAGGGGAAGGAGGAGAAAGAAGAAGCCUUGAAAGCUGCUUAUCUGAAAACUGAUCGUGACUUCUUAGAAAAGGACUUUAAGAGUGGUGCAUGCUGCGUUACAGUUUUAAUACAAGAUCAGGAGAUUAUUGUGUCGAAUUUGGGAGACUGUAGAGCUGUCCUGUGCCGAGGAGGAGUUGCUGUGGCUCUUACAAGUGACCACAAAGCAGGAAGAGAAGACGAACGCCAAAGAAUCAAACAUCAGGCUUGGAGAGUUGCUGGGGCACUCGCUGUUUCUAGAAGCAUUGGAGAUGCAGAUUUGAAGAAAAAGAAAUGGGUGAUUGCUGAGCCCGAGACAAGAGUACUCGAGAUUGAAGAAGAUAUGGAGUUUCUUGUCAUAGCUUCUGAUGGUCUUUGGGAUGUGGUCAAUAACCAAGAAGCUGUGGAGACAGUGUUGAAGGCUUUACCUCAGGGAAAGACUCUUAGAGAAAGCGAGUAUGAGAACUUGAUCCAGGGGUUUGACAAUUUGAGCCCAUUUCCGAAACGUAGCCGAUUGUCGCUUGUCCAGGAACAAAAAGAGGUGUUGCCAGUUGAAUCUCCCAAACCAGAGAAGGAAUCACCAGACCGUGAGAUAGGCACUUCAGCUUCAAAGUCAGGGACGAUCAAGGCGGCUUGCAAAAAGCUCGUGGACAUGGCAGUGAGUAAAGGUAGUAGGGAUGAUAUCACAGUAAUGAUUGUUGAUCUCAACCGUUACAAAUGCUGA